GGAGAGGGAGAGAAGGAGAGCGAGACGGAGGGCUAGAGCGGCCGAGGCGGCUGGGGAUGGCGGACGUUGGAGAUCCCCUGAUUAUCUAAGUUCCUACAGCUGCCUCUUCUGAUAUUGAAGCUGGGAGAAAAGGACCUCUGAACCAACAUGUAGCUGAUGUCUCCUGUGCCAUGAAAUGUGCUGCUUCUAGCCAAGGUCUUUCAAACUUUUCAGACCUUUCAGCAGUGGAUGAAUAAUUCCAGGGAUUUUAAUUUUUGGGGUGGUGAAUGAGUUUUGUCAACUAAAAUUCAAAUUGGAUCUUACGUAGUGUUGGUUAAACUGAAGAACCAUGAGUAGUAAUUUAGGCAAAGAAAAAGACUGUAAGGAGAAAGACUCCAAAGUGUCUUCAGCAAAAGAAAGGGAGAAAGAGGCAAAGGCCUCUGGUGGUUUUGGGAAGGAGAGCAAAGAGAAAGAACCUAAGACCAAAGGGAAAGAAGCCAAAGAUGGGAAGAAGGAUGCCAGCAGCGCACAGCCAGGUGUGGCUUUUUCAGUGGACAAUACAAUAAAACGACCUAAUCCAACUCAAGCUGCUCGUAAAAAAUCCAGCAAUGCCGAAGUGAUCAAAGAGCUAAACAAAUGUCGGGAAGAAAAUUCAGUGCGCUUGGACUUGGCCAAGAGGUCUAUACACCUGCUCCCAUCAUCUGUCAAAGAGUUAACUCAGUUGACGGAACUUUAUUUAUAUGGAAACAAACUGCAGUCGCUACCACCUGAGGUGGGCUGUCUUGUGAAUUUGGUGACACUGGCCCUGAGUGAGAAUUCUCUCACCAGCCUUCCUGACUCUCUUGAUAACUUGAAGCAACUUCGCAUGGUUGAUCUGCGGCAUAACAAACUCAGAGAAAUCCCUCCAGUGGUGUACAGGCUAACUUCCCUUACCACGCUUUAUCUACGCUUUAAUCGUAUCACAGCUGUGGAAAAGGAUAUUAAAAACUUGUCUAUGCUCACCAUGCUAAGCAUACGGGAGAACAAAAUAAAGCAACUACCUGCAGAGAUUGGUGAGUUGUGUAACCUCAUAACACUGGAUGUAGCACACAAUCAGCUUGAACAUCUUCCAAAGGAGAUUGGAAACUGCACACAGAUAACCAAACUUGAUCUACAGCACAAUGAACUCUUGGAUCUUCCAGACAGUAUAGGAAAUCUAUCCAGUCUGAAAAGUCUUGGUUUGAGAUAUAACCGGCUCUCAGCUAUACCCAGGUCACUAGCACAGUGCAGUAAACUUGAUGAACUAAAUUUGGAGAACAACAUUAUUUCUACUUUACCAGAGGGUCUCUUAUCCAGUCUUGUGAAUCUGACUAGCCUAACUCUGGCAAGGAAUUGUUUCCAAUCAUAUCCAGUGGGCGGUCCCUCACAAUUCUCUACGAUCUAUGCUCUCAAUAUGGAGCAUAACCGCAUCAAUAAAAUCCCUUUUGGAAUUUUUUCUAGAGCAAAAGUGUUGAGCAAGCUAAACAUGAAGGACAAUCAGCUGACAUCCCUUCCCCUGGAUUUUGGGACAUGGACCAGCAUGGUAGAACUCAAUUUAGCUACAAAUCAACUCAACAAGGUUCCAGAAGAUGUGUCUGGACUUGUUUCCCUUGAGGUUCUUAUCUUGUCAAACAAUCUUCUAAGAAACCUUCCCCAUGGCAUUGGCAAUCUGAGGAAAUUAAGAGAAUUGGAUCUGGAGGAAAACAAACUGGAAUCUUUACCAAAUGAAAUAGCCUACCUUAGGGACCUACAGAGACUGAUCCUAACAAAUAAUCAGCUGAGCACCCUUCCUAGAGGAAUUGGGCACCUUAUCAAUCUGACGCAUCUUGGACUGGGGGAGAAUUUCCUUACACAGCUUCCUGAGGAAAUUGGUACACUGGAGAAUCUGGAAGAAUUGUAUCUAAAUGACAACCCCCAUCUAAACAGUCUACCUUUUGAAUUAGCACUCUGCAGUAAACUGUCUAUAAUGAGCAUUGAGAACUGCCCACUCAAUACCCUUCCAGCUCAAAUUGUUGCAGGUGGACCUUCUUUUAUCAUCCAGUUCCUCAAGAUGCAGGGACCAUAUCGUGCCAUGGUCUGAUGGAUAUCUGCCCUAUUGAUGUACAAAAUAUAAAAGGCACUGGGAGUGUCACUCUGUAUAUAAUAUUAUCUAGGCCACAUGGUGCCAGGAUUGGAUAGAAGUUGGCUUGUCCCAUACACUGUACAAAAUGCAUAGAGCAUUAUUGGUAUUGUGUAUGUGUGUAUAUAUAAUAUAAUAUAUAGAAUGUAUAUUAUAUUAUAUAUAAAACAUAAAUAAUAUAAAGCAGGCAAAUUUAAGACCACUUUUAUGUGUUUCUGUUCAUAGAGGAAACAUAGCCAUUUACUUUUUUUUCUUUGUAAAAUGCUUGUCUAAAUUUUCUUUGUUGAAUUUAAUGGAUGUCUGGGAAACUGGGGAUUCACUUUAUACAAUUGCCAUACAAUUGCUGAACAGUUUCAGGGGCAAAAUGUUUUAGAUUGAGUCCUCUUCUCAUUGUAAAAAAAAAAAUAAUCCCCAAAUUGGUAUCAUGAACUUUUCUUUAUCAUUUCCCUCAGCUCACAUUCUUUAUGAAAAAAAAAUCCUUUGAGAUAAUUUGUUCUUGAGAUCUUUUAACUUGCUUCAAGAUUCAGAGCGAAUAGUCUUGUAUGUUGUUUACAGACAGAGUAAAUCCCUGGAUUAUUAUUUUUGAUUUACUCUGUUUUAAUCAUAUCUAGAAUUUUUGUGCUUAUGCCGAGGGCUUUUAUUGACUGAUUUAUAUUAAAAGAAAAUCAUGAGCAACUGGUAAGUGGAAAAAGAUGAAGUCCAACAAAAGCCUGAAUUCAUUUUAAGUCCUGGUUUCUUCAGUUAUCAGUUGUAACUUAAGCAUAUCCUAUUAGAACCAUUUGUUUUAUGGUUGGCUUCAUUUAGCACACACAGUACACUCUGAUUUUAAAAUUGACAGGUUUGUUGAAAAGCUACAUAUUCUGUUAAGGUCUAAUAGAUGAGGAAAUGUAUAUACUGUACUGUAUAAGGUGGUGUUGAUAUAAAAUACAACAGGCAAUUGUAAGGUUUUUUUUCCUGGUCUUUGUAAAAUUAAUGAAUGUGUCUUUCUUUGAAACACUGCAGUAUAUGUAAGAUUUAUGAUUGAUUGGCAAUGUUACUUUGGUUUUAUAUCUUGCCUUGCCUUGUACAUCCUUCCAUUAUUAUGGACCGUCUGUGUCCUAGCACAAUAUCUCCAUGCUGUGCUGUUUUGCUGCUGAACUAAAUGCACUUUUCCUUACACCUGGGACACUUGCUUCAAAGUAAUCAGUUCAGUACCAUGAUUUAUAUUCUUAACCUCAUUCUGUCAAUCUCAGUAUUAAAGCCUAGUCUGUUUAAAAGGACACCUUUUCAUUUGUAUUUAGAACUUGUUCAUUCUGUAGAAAAACAGUAAUGUAGUUCACAUACAAUUGAUGUCAUUUUCAUAGCUGUACAAAGGGCUAAUGAUGCUGCAGUGAAAUAGACACUUGCUACUACACUUAGGGUACCAUUUCAAGUUUCACUUUUGGAAGCUCAUAUAGCAAUUACAUUCCAGAUAGAUUUAUUUUUAUUUGUCAACUCAUUAUGAUAGUUUUGCUUCUGGGAUGCUAUAAUUUAGAGAGUGUUGUAUCCUUUGAACAAAUUUUACGUCAUAAUUGCCAGAUGAUUUUUUCCAUCUCUUGAAGGUUUUGUAUGAUCUAAUUAACAGGCACUGUCUGAAGGUAGCAAUUAAUCCCCCCCCCCCCCAAUUGAUAUCAAUAAGACCUAAGCUUUUGCUUGUGCUCAUAAGGCUGGACUCAUAAGCACAGGUACUUCUGAGCAAAUGGGCUUAAGAUUGCUCUAUAAGUCUUCAUUAUUUUCAGUGAGAUUUAGAUGCUUCUGAGUUUCUGAGGGUUGAACCCAUCAUAACUGCCUUGCUCUGCUUUCUUUGAGGUGAAUUUAGCAUUCGAUAGUGCUUUCACUGGCAAAGAAGAAUUUCCUAAGAAAGACAGGUAGAAAUAUAAAACCUUAAAGGGCUUGAGCUAGUAGUAAAAACUACUCUAGAUGUCACUGGAUUUACAGAGCUUUUUUUGCUUUGGAUUCAGAGUUAUCAAGUCUGUCAGAACCAGACUUCAUAGCUCCUUGAAAAUGCUACACAGAGGAACAGGGAAAUUGUGAAAAUUGAGUGGCUGGUUCUGUGCAGGAGGGGGAUAAGGAGAAAGGAGGAAGCCUAGACAGAGGCACCUUCCAUAUGUAUCAUGGGUGCUCAUCCUUCAGCUCCCUCCAUCACAGCCCACCUCAUUCGCCACAGUCACUCAACACAUACUGUAGUAUUUUGAGGUGGCUGCCAUGGUGAGAACUGGGUGGGGAACUCCACUUCCACUGGCCUUGUUACUCACAUAUAAUUCCGGAUCCAUGCCAUUAAUUCAAAUUUUUAAAAAGUCUAUUAAUAACUAUUUCACUUUAGAUAGUUGUUUAUAAAAAUGUAUAGUUUCAGCUUUGUGCAAGCUAUAUGUCUGAGCGUUUAAGUGUGAAAAUACAAAGAUGACUGUAGUAGUGGUUAAAAAAAUUAAAGUCCACUUUAUGCUGAAGCUGUAAACUUGUUCCAUUGAUUCAGUACAUAUGUCUUUAUGUACUGUCCACAUGCACUUUUAUUUUAGGGUGGGGAUAACCUUUUCAAAUCAACUGUUUAUCUGUUUCUUUUCAAGCAAGAGUUUAGCCAUGGACUGAAAAUUGUACUAGGCAGAGUUGGAGGAAUCCCUUUAGAAACUUGUAAAGAAUUGAAGUAGGUUAUUAUACAUCUAGUAAGAUGGCUUCUUCUGCUGCUCUGUGGAGCUGAUUGUUUUGUGUGUAAAUAUAUUAAUACCGUUGUUCAUUUUGCCAAGGAUUAUAUGACUGACUGUUUCUCUCUAGAAGAAUGCCUGCAUGUUAGAAACUGGUUUUAUUUAUUCAUUGAUACACUUAGAAAUAACUGUUUUUUUUUAAACAACUCAUAAUGAAACAGUUAUGCUUCAGCAUCAUAUGUGCACAAGAGUCAAAAUACAUUCUAGUGUUAAACACUGAAUCCAUGCUCCCAAAUCCCUCUCCAGUUUUGUUCCAUAAUAUGUGCAGGAUGCAAAGGGAAUAGAUUUACAGGGAAGUAGUAAUAGGUUCUGUGCUUCAAAAAGCUAUGUUUCUUUCAUCAUGAAAAUAAUUGCCAUUUGAUUUUAAAACUGGGCUUUCAGAUUGAAAGUGAUUAGAUGACCCAGGGUUAGGUACUUUUCCUUGACAAACUGAUGGAUUUUAAUCAGUUAGAGAAUGCCAACUUAAAUAUAUGAAGGAGGUAUGAACUGAAGUUUAAAACCUGGAUUACAACAUGAUAAAUAAAACAAAGAAAUUAAUGGAUUUGUGAUACUGAAACAUUAUCUAGGCAUAAGAACAUAUCUAGAGAACUGAUUUUUAAAAUCUUUUUGAAGAGGUAAUAAAUGUCUCUUUUGCUCUUGUAAUAAUAUGCCUUCAGUAAUUAGUUCAAUUCCCAAUUUUUAAAGGAGACUUCAGAAAUUGUGACAGUCUUUCUCAGUCUGUUUUAUGAGUUUUGGUGCAAGUCUGUGCAUAUCCUCCAAUAUUCCUAACACAGGGAGCAGUUGCUUACUUUGUCCCAAUCUAGGAAGCAUUGGGGCAGUACAGACGGAUGUCCCCGUGCCACCCAUCUUUGCCCCACAUCUGUGCUGCAGCAUCCGCAUGCAGGUGCUGCAGCACAGACAUGCUGUCUAAAAGGAGCCGCUCUAGGCGGCUCCUUUUUUGCGCAAUCAUAAGGGCUGCAAUGUCGGCUCUUCCACCCAGAGCAGUUUGGGCACUCAGGCUCCCGCACGUCAUGGAUGCACACCCCGUAUGGGUGUGGCUGCACAAACAUGGCAGUGCCCACACAUCGUAAGGCUCGGGAGAGUGCAGUUGGUGCGCGCUCCCGUGCCUUACUAUCGCCGCCAGGAUGCCGCUUCCUGACAGUGUGUACUGGCCCAUAGAAGUAGCUGCUGUGGCUACUGCGGGUCCUGUACUGUCCUCCAAUUGCUGUCAUGAAAUGUAGAGGUAAAAUAUCUUUAAUUGGUAUGUUAUGCACAUAGUUGUCCCUUAGCUAAUGCUGCAGUGUCGUUAAUGAUUUACUUUGUUGGAGUAGCUGUAUACUUGUGUUAGAAUAGUUGGCAUAAUUUCAGAGGCAAAUAGGAGAGAUGUAACCUUAACUAGCAGCACAUAUCACCCUUACAGCAUUGAAUCAGCCAUAUAGAUUCAACUGUAAAGGAGGAUUUAUUCAACUGUGCUUUAGUUAGGGGGAAAUAAAAUAAUCCAGUGCCCAUCUCUUAAGAUUGGGUUAAAACACCAAGACACUAAGACGACAUAACCUGCACUGUGACUCCUUUUAGGACAGAAUAUGGAUGCAUCUUAGUAUACCACUCAUGGAAUGUUAAUAGCAGUUAAAAUGCUACAUUUAAAGACCAGGCUGAAGAGAUGGAAAGAAGUAAUUAGGCUGUGUAAUUGACUUUAAAGACCUUUGCCCACAUUUCUUUGGGGGUGCUUUCAAAUUUGCUUUCUACUGAAAGUUUGCAGUGUUUGCUAUUUUUGAUGCUUCAGACUUUAUUUAUUUAUCUUUGCAGUUAUGUUGAGCUAGGAUGAAAUCUAGCUCCCUGAAAUUGUUUUGGAAAGUAUUAAGUAAAGAGAACUGUAGUGGUUGAAUUUAUAUCGGAAUGGCAGACAAAUUCCAAAAUAACAUUUUUUACUUAAUUAAUUUUAUGGGAUGGGACACUGGAGAAGUUUUUUUCUUCACAUAUCAGAAGAAGAAUGUCUUUGUAAUUCUUAAAUAACCUAAAUGGAGCAAAGCAUUUGUAUAGUCAAUAUUGCACAUCCAUUGUAUCUUUAAUAAGCAUGUCAGAACUUGCUUUUAAUUAGGUAUACACUUGGCAGUAAUUUGCACAAUACACCAACUUUAAAAGGCACAUGUAGGACAAUUACUAAAGAUGAUAUCUGCAAAAAAUCGGAUGGCUUUUUUGUUGUUCUACAAAGAAAACAAUGAUUCUGUUUAUUAUUGCAGUGUUUGGGUCUUAAGCAGGACAGUGCAGGAUUCUGCCUGUUUAAUAAUAAGGCCUCACUGAUUUGUGAUUGAAAAUGAAAGUGUGUAAACAGUCUACAAAAAUGUACUAUCUGAAUUAUUGUAAUGUUGAUUGUUAUGUCUAUAAAAGAUUGCCUUGCUUUUUUAUAAGUCAUACUGUAUCAAUGUAUUCAUUAUAAAUAGUAUAUUUGUAAAUGAGCUGCAUUGAGUCUGUUGGGGCAUUUUCUAGUAGUGAAGUCUAUGAUUGUUUUUAAGUGUAUGGAGUAUUAUGGAUGAUUGACAUUUUUGAUUUUCAUUACAUAAGCCCUCAUUUUUCAAAGAGGACCUCCAUCUGUUUGGCAUUGAAGGAGGUUUGAUGUAUAUUAACCUUUACUUCCAAAGUUGCAUGACAAUUAUUGGUCUGAAAGUAAGCAAGUUGUGUAAAAAUGUAGAUCUUUAUAAAGGAUUCUUGGUUAAAAGCC